CAGUGAGCAUUUUACUCAAAGUGAUACAACUCAUAGUGUUGAUAAUGAAGGCCUUGCUUAAUAUUCUAUUUACCGCACUGAUUGUGCACUCGACACAAGCAUGUCGAGAUGGACCAUGUGAUCCAUUCUGUGCUGGGGAAAUAAAGGAUCCAUCGAAGAAGUUAACAUUUUACUCAGAGUUUGCACUAAAUCGUUUCAACGAAAACUUUGACGGAGAUGAAAAAUUCGUUCGUGUGAGUGGUGGAAAGUGUACAUAUAAUGAUGACUGUUGCGACUAUGAUGAGUCGCCAAUUUGCGCUAUACCAGAACCGGGAGCGGAUGGACUUCCGCAAACGUUCGCCAACUUUUGCGAAUUGAAUGAAUUCAAUUGCAAUAAUCCGAAAAAUGAAUACGUAUAUUACCAUGAUGAAACUUGCAAUGUCCUGGACGACCCAACUCCUUCAGAGAAAGAAUGUGAAUGUCUGGACUGUACCGAUGAGCCGUGGAAGCCAGUAUGCGCAUAUCCGGCUCAACCGAAAGAGGCACAGCCGGUCACUUUCUCGAACUCUUGUUGGAUGAAAAAGUUCAAUUGCGAAGUCCCUGACUAUCCAUUCCUGUACUGGCACGAAGAGGGUUGUUAUAGCGACCCACCAAUUAAGAAUUAAGCGGAUUUGUCAGCCGACCUAUUAUUUGAU